UUAUCAUGAAAUUCGCAGAAUUUUUGGUUCACAGUAGUUUUCAAAUAUUAUAAAAGCUAUGUAUUAAAUAUGGAAUUCAAUUAUGCAGCAGAAUGUUUUAAACUGUGUGCGCAAGGUGGAAACACAACGAAAUAUUUUGUAAAGGCAUAUGAAUAAUUGUACUUAUAUGAUCUAUUCCAUUUAGUCAAUUUUUUUUUCUUGAUGUUCUUUUUCUUGCAGCACUUUUAACCGUAUCAUCAGCUACGGGGGACCUACAUACGAAUGGCUCCCUCGAUUACGAAACGGCUAAUUAUCACGAAUGGAAUGCGAGCUGUGAAGUUGCAACAAGUAAUGGAAGUGACACAUUUUACUCACGCAUCCGAUUAUUUGUUUUGGACGUCGAUGAUAAUCCGCCGUACGUGCAAGACAGUACAAGUAUGCUGCAGGAUGUGGAUGUAUCGCAAAUUAUACCCGGUGAACCUCUGCCGACACAGCUGACUGUCUUGGAUGCCGAUUCAGCCUCAGUUAAUGUAAUUGUAGUAAACAUGUCUGACCCACUCGGCCUGUUCCAUCUGCGAGAUCCUGUAAUCUUUCAUGGCAUCAAUGGAACACAGAUGCUCAUUAAUACAGCCCUCGUUCCGAAGAUGCCUUUUCAUUUUCCUGAUCCGUCGUAUAACGUAACUGUGACCUUUGAAGACACAAGUCUUAUAGGUGAUGUUGAGGCACGACCACUGACAUUUUACGUAAGAAUUCUCAACAGAAGUCAGCACGUACAUCAUCCAUCCAGGCCCGCAGAUUUUAGAGUGUAUGCCAGCAUUUUCCGACAUUCUUCCCAUCAUGCAAGGGUUGUCCAACCCAUGGAAGUUAAACCUCAUGACGGCUAUUUCUUCCGAUUAUCCGGUGAACCGGAGGAAGGACUGCCCAGCACACGGAUAUUCGGUGUUACGCCUGUUACAGGAAUCGUUUAUAUUAGAGAUGAAGUGUCUUUAGCCAGAAGUCCGGCCAACUUUUUCAAACUACAACUCAGUUGGAGAAGCAAAGACAAAACGGACAGAAGCUGCAAUAUCUUCCUGACGGUUUUAGAUGCUGGUGACCCAAGAACUGUUUGUGGUCUUGAACCUGGUCACCAUUUCCAAUCUUGUGCUUUACACGCAAAUGCGGAAACAUGUUUCUCGAGUUGUGGAAGAGGAGCCCUGGAUGGAUUUUGUAGAUGGAGAUCCCAGUCUUCGGCCACGCUCAUUUCCGAGUACGCGACGUGUUCGCCACAUCUGGAAACCUGUCCCGAUGGUGUUUGUGAUGAGUUGGAGAUGAUGGAUCCGUUUAUAUGUCCCCAAGAUUGUGCAAGUAAUGUCAGAGGAGAAGCUGUGCCAGCUCCUUCCGGUAAAGGUGUCGGAAAGUCUGCAGCCCCUUGCACGUGUGUUAGUCCAAACACAUGCGUCUGCGUCAAUUUCUCUCCACCUCCGAAACGAGUUCGACCACCAGCCUCCCGAAGUCGCGUCAAGAGCGUUGAGGAGCCACACACUUUGCCACCUCUGCCAAUGGAAUAUCAAGACAAUGAGUGGACACAGUGUGGAGCGGUAUGCUCUAGCAUGAUUGCCGUUGUGUCUUUGAUAAUUUGUGGCCUUGUGGCAACAGCUGGAUUCCUUAUCUGUCGUCAUCGAUUAGGAAAGAACAAAGAUCAAGAAUUUCCAAAUGUUACCACACCCCUGAAUUCUUUGAAUCAACACACAGAUCGAGCAGCACAGGAUUCAGUGGAGUUUCCUAGAGAUCGACUCUCAUUGGGCGAGACUUUGGGUGAAGGAGAAUUCGGACGUGUUGUCAAGGGUAAAGCCAAAAACAUUGCUGGCAUACCAGGUGUCACUACAGUUGCUGUCAAAAUGCUUAAAGAAAAUAGUUCUGAAGCAGAAAGAAAGGAUUUGAUAACAGAAAUGAAUUUUCUGAAGGAAAUAUCACAUCCUAACGUUGUACGACUCCUGGGUGCUUGCACAGACGACGCUGGACCAUUAUAUGUAAUUGUAGAAUACGCUGAACAUGGAUCAUUAAUUACUUACUUGAGAAAAAUGAGGGCCCGUUAUCCAGAAGUUAGAGGAGACAUGAAAGAACUUUUAUCUUUUGCUUGGCAAAUCGCUAAAGGAAUGGAUUAUCUAGCAGAAAUGAAGGUUGUGCACCGUGAUUUAGCAGCUAGGAAUGUUUUAGUGGCAACCGGGAAAGUUAUGAAGAUUUCAGACUUUGGACUCAGCAGAGAUGUUUACGAAGGAGACACAUAUCUGAAGGCCACAAGAGGAAGAGUACCAGUGAAAUGGAUGGCUUUAGAAUCUCUCCAAAGUCAACUAUAUACUACAAAAAGCGACGUAUGGUCAUAUGGUAUUUUACUAUGGGAAAUUGUUACUUUAGGUGGUUGUCCUUACCCCGGUAUUCCAUCUGAAAGACUGUACCAGUUAUUAAAAGAAGGUUAUAGAAUGCCCAGGCCAGAUGACUGUCCUUCGCAAUUGUACAAGAUAAUGACCUCAUGCUGGAAAGAAAAUCCUAACGAAAGGCCUCAUUUCAAGGAACUCGUACAGAAACUGGAUAACUUACUAAAUGAUUCGACCCAUUACCUUCCUCUCACUGAUGACAACUGCCAACCUUUUUGCAAAAGACCGAGAGGAAGAGCGGAAGAAGCGUCUCUGAUGCAACAGCUGACGUUUCCGAAAAUGAGUGUCGUCCAGAUCGGACCUUACGAGAACCGACAUCUGCUAUCGCCAACAGAGUUCAAUGUGUAAGACAAGGUCAAGUGACCGUCAGCCUUCCUUAAAAAUUGUUUGCAUUAUAUUCCCUGCAAGUGCUUUCAAACGAUCUAGAACAUUCUUCGAAGACUACUGUUUGAAAUCCAAGGCAUGUAUUUAUGUAUGAUAUGUUUGUAUCAAGAAAUAUUAUGUUUCGAUUGAGUAACCUGUGAUCAGAAUUUUACGCCAUCAAAUGUUUAAAAUGCUGCGAGAAAAACAGGCUAAAGCAAAAAUACAAAUGUGAUUUAAAGCACGUAGAAGCUUCUCAGAAUUUUAUAAACUAAUCCAAUUUAAAUUUAGUAGAAUAAAGUGUAACUUCCCCCGGGUAAAA